AUAAUAAUUGUGUGACCUUGUGUUCCCUUAAGAUUGUUGUAGAAUCAUGUGGACGGUGUGGAAUACCGACACGUCGACGAGUUUAUGGCCGGCAACGAUACAACAAAGCUGGAUGCGGGCCUCUUCUUCGCUGGCUCCGCCGCCCAUAAUUCCUGGGGCGAUGUCGCCGUUGUCAUAGAAUGCAAGCUACAGGAACGGCGUCUUGGUAGUGACAUAGAACAUCAACUAAAACGAGCAGCUGAGCUCACAUUUGUUCAUCAAUUCCGACGGUUCGUAUGGGGGCUUUCUGUCUACUCUCAUAAUGCAAAGGACUCCAUGCAUCAUCAUUUUCAACUGUUUUUCUUUACUCGCUCCGGCAUCUUCUGCUCUGAAGAAUACGAUUUGAAGGAAAACUUUUCAUACUUUUGCAAACUCCUGGUUGGCUUCGCUAGGAUGACGCCAGAGGAACAUGGGUGGUUCUUGAUUCCGAGAAGUGGCCCGUUUCAUCUUUCUUUUGAUCCACCAGAAAACUUCGUCGCAUCCAAGGCUCCGAAGCUGUCCAUUCCGGAAUAUAGUGAGACCCUCCACCUUGUAUGUGCCCUCUAUGUGAGGCACGAGAUCAACGGUCGUGCCACAGUUGUGUUACACUGUAAGACGAUAACGAGCCAAGACCGUGUGGUGAAGUUAACUUGGCUGGAAGACUUCCGUGCACGGUACUACCGUAACGUUCUGGAUAUCAUUGGGGGGUUGGAUUUCGAGGAUCUACCAAAGACCGAGUACAGGGAGCAUCUCUCGGCCCCGGGGGAUUGCAAGCCAUACUCUGUGCACCAAUCACUUGAACAAUUUGCACGGACAGACAUUUCAACACGCAGGGGCGACGUCAAGAAUUGCAACUUAUAUUGCGUGAUUACUGAUAAAGUUGGGGUUUCUAUCUGGAAGGAGACAUCAUUGUCACGAGUUUUUAGUGCGUUUGCAGAAAUCGCUGGACAGAUUGAGUCUAUGGAGGCGAAGGGCUUGUAUCACAGGGAUGUCAGCGAUGGGAACAUCUUCACUCGUGCUCGUGACCAGCGUCCCCAGUUGUUCAAGGGGUGGUUGGAUGACUUCGAUUUUAUGUAUGUUGACGAAUUGGGCAAAGAAGAUUCCGCCGAAGCAGGCAAGUUAUGUGGCACGUUCCCGUUCAUAUGAUUUAGAGUCUCUGGUGUGGGUACUCCUCUGGUUUUUCUAUCAUACCAAGCCAUGUACGGGGGGGUGGGUUCAGAUUGAGUACGAUUUAGAUCGUACAUCCAUCACCGAACAAACCCCUCAAACAUCGGCAGUAUCGCACCACAGCAAAAGCUUCAAAG